AAUCUCUCCCGCUUGUGCAAUUUCUUUGGUUUGGAAGGGGUGAUGGCAUUUAUCCUUCCGCAAGUCUUGGCCUUUUUGAACGAUCGAAAGGAUGCUCAAUUGCGGUCCGCUCUCUUUUGCCAUUUGCCAUCGGUAUGCCGCAUCGUGGGGCGGUCUGCCACUGAGCACUUUGUCCUUCCCUGUCUGGAAAGCGGAUUGGUCGAUGGCGAGGAACAGGUCGUAGGAGCUGCCAUACGCUGUUUGGCCGAGUUGAUCGAAUUAGGAUUGUUGUCGAGAUCCGUGCUGUUGGGGAAUCUGACGGUUUCUUCGACGCCAGACUCGAUGGUCGAAUUGGCAUCAGAUGGGUUGCUUCGAAAGUAUGGAUGUCUACUGGUUCACCCAUCCGCUGAUAUUAGGCAUGGAGCCAUCGCGACAAUCAACGCAGCAUGUGAAGCGCUGGGGUCACCCGACAGCGAAGUCUAUGUUGCUCAUCUCCUGUACCCAUUCUUCCGAUUCCUCCCAUCCUUGCGUCAUCUGAAAACGCUUGACGGAAUGGAAACAUGUCUCUAUCCGUCUUGGUCAAGAGAGAAGUUCGCCGAAGAGCUGAGCGCCUUCAUGAACUCUACUAGCCAGCAACAAACAGCGGGGCCUUGGACGUCGGUUGGCAUCAGGACGUCUGAUUCUACAACUGGACCAGAAUCUAGCACUACCGAAGGAGCCGAAGCUGACAGUGCAGGCCAGCAACCUCAGUCCAGCACGGGUCCUGAUGUUAUUGAAGCACAAGUUGCCAGGGUGCGAGAAUACCUGCAAACGCUUGGAAGGCGCAACAAACAACCAUCAGGUUCACAAUCGGAAACCCAGGAAGAAGAAGAGGGCAAAUUUCAUGUCCUCAAGAACGGUAUUGAAGGUUCACUCAAGCUCGCACAAAACAUCAAGUUCCCACGCCAAGAUACUAUCGGGGUCAACAAGCGAACGCUGCCUGCAUGGUACAGCGACCUCCGAGACCAACUCCAAGCGAUGAACUCGGAAACCUCUGAAACAUCGGCCAUCAGAUCGGUAUCAGCUCUGGGCGAAAUCUAUGGCCUGUCAAUCAUGGCAGCGUCAGAUAGCACCGCGGAAUCGCCCGGUGCUUCGGGCGAAGAAACGAAACUGAGCAAAAAAGAGAUCCAAGAUAUGGCUUAUUCUCGAGAAUCCAAGGUUAUAGAGGGUGUUUGCUCUGGGGAAUGGGGUUCUGAAACACAACUUGACCCAGUGCUCCUCGAUACUUCUUUGUUGAUUACCAAGCUCCAAGCUUUGAAUGUACCACCCCUGCCUCCGAGGCUGGGCGAGCUCGCUAGCAUGGCUGUGAGACCGCCACCAUCGUCGCCCGCUUCCAGAGACGCUAAGACCGCUGCUGCUACAGACUGGAGACCCAAAGCCGAUACUCUUUUGGCUACGAGUUCCACACUUUCUGGCCACACAGCCCCUGUUGUUCGGAUUGCAGUCUCGCUGGAUCAGACUUUCUUCGUUUCAGGCAGCUACGAUGGCAGCUGCCGAGUUUGGGAAUUGGACCAAAUCGAAACCAGCUCUGGUGUACUCGAGAGCAGCAUUGCGUACACGGGGCAUGACGAUCGACAGAGCCAAAACACGGCAAGGAUCAACGACGUAGCGAUGGUCGAGGGCAGUCAUUCGGUUGCUUCUGCAGCUAGCAAUGGCUCGGUUCAUGUUUGGCGUGUUGACAGUGUAUCGCAAAAGAAACAGCCAUCUCAAGUCAACACCGUCUGCGCGGGGCAUACACAAGAUCCCGAGUUGGAUCAGUUACUCUUGGGACUUGCGAUCGUGCGUCGAGCCGUUUGUGCUCAAGCAUGGGCCUGA